UUAGCAUUUCGCGCUAGUUAUUACGUCGUUGCGUUGUUGCGUCGUUGCGCCGUUGCCUCUAGUUCCCCCACCUUAAUAUUUGAAUCAACACAUAAAAACUACGGUUCAGAAAUAAAUCUAGCUAUAACAGGAAUCAAAUAUUCGCUAGCACGAUCUAAGACAAUUAUCGAUAUCGAUAACCAUAUAAUUAGUUCUGGAGGUUAUACGAAAUUCAUUAAUUGGUUGGAAUCAUUAGCAGUUGAAAAUGAACCCUUACCUAAAGGACUUUUGUUUUUAGCCUUUGACAAUGAACAACGCGUUACAAGUUUUGUUGCACUAAAUAUAAGUAAAAAUGAUUAUGCUCAAUUUACAAUUGCGCCAUGGACUUGUAAUUCGAUACCUGAUGACCAGUAUGAAAAAUUAUAUUAUGUUUUACCCGAAAUGCAAGCAGAACUCGAUCUAGAAUUAAAAGUAUACUUAUCGUCAAUUUUAGAGGAGCUUGUUAUUGAAAAAAAUAAAAAAAUCAAUACUAUCGAUGCAGCUGUAAAAAAUCAAAAAGGCGUCGGAGAUACGUUAGCUACUUUACAAGCAGAGUCUGCCAAUGAAGUUAAUCAAACUAAUAAUCCAACCCAAUCAAAACCUUUC